UGCACAGAGCAGAGCAGAGCAGAGCACAGCAGAGCAGUCUCUGACAUGAAGGCACCGUUCACCAGCUUUUUGGUCAUCGCCCUCGGCUGUCUGGUCCAGGCCCAGGCCGAAACCCCGGUGCAGUCUGACUUCCAGCAAUAUCAGUUCACAGGGAGAUGGUUCAGCAUUGGCUUGGCCUCCAACUCCAGCUGGUUCCAGGAGAACAAACAGGUGAUGAAGAUGUACACCACGGUGGUCACGCCCACUGAAGAUGGCAGCCUGGAAGUCAGCUCCACCUAUCCCAAGCUGGACCAGUGUGAGACGAGAAAAACCCUUUUCAGCCAGAUGGAGCAGCCCGGCCACUUCAGCUACACCAGCCCACGCUCAGGGAACUACGACGAGUUCCUUGUGGUUGAAACCAACUACGAAGAGUAUGUUUUGCUGUUCGCUAAGAUGUCCAACGUUGGGGAGACAUCCACCAUGGUGAUGCUGUACGGUAGAAGCAAGCAGCUCCAGGCUGAUCUGCUGGAGAAGUUCACCCAGGUGGCCUUGGCAGAGGGACUCACCCAGGACGAUAUCCUAAUCCUGCCCAGGACGGAUCUGUGCAUGGCGGAGUCUGUAUAGGUACCAGACUGAAAAUCCGGGUUUCAUGUCGAGGGAGGGAAGAAGGACGCUCCAGCUCCCAGUCUGCAUUCCUGGACUCCGA